AUGCACCAUCAAUUGAGAUUGUUGUUGAUUGUAGCGCUGCUCAUAUCUUGCGUAGCUGGUAAGAAGAAGGAAGAGUCGUCGGAAGGCGAGAAGGAGAGUGGUGAAAAGUACGGUGAAGAAGAUUAUAAGGAGAAAGAGCACAAAGGUGAUAAGGGACACAAAAAGCACUCAGAAUGGGAGUUGGAUGAAAAGAAGCAUCAUGAAGAGGAAGAUCAUAAACAUUACUAUGAUGAUCAUGGAGAUGACAAGAAACAUGACUAUAAUGAGAAGGAUGAACAUGGAGAACAUAAAGAACAUGGUGAACACAAAAAAGGUGGAAAGCAUCAUCAUAAGAAAAAUCAUAAAAAAGGUCAUAAGGAAAUGGAGUAUCAUAAGAAAUUCAAUAAGGAUGAAUAUUAUAAAGAGAAAAAAUUCUACGAUGACGAAGAUAAAGGUGGACAUCAUAAAAAGUAUGGCAAGGAGCACAAACACCAUGCAAAUGAAGAAGGUGAAAAGAAGCAUGGAGAAAAUUAUGAGGCUGGAAAGAAAAAAUCAGAAAAGAAACAUAAAGGGCACUAUAAGAAAGGACAUCAUGAUGAAGACCAUAAAAAAUUCAAAAAGGAGUAUAAACAUGGCGACCAUCACGAAGAACAUGAGAGCUAUGGUAAAAAGGGCAAAAAAUCCGGCGGUAGCAAGCAUGGACAUAAAAAAGGUGAUCAUUGA